AUGAAUGGUACAAUUACAAUGGCUUCAUCAAACCAAAACAUUUCGGAACCACCAAUGAAGAAAGCUCGUAUAGAAGGGAAUGCAUCGGACUUCUUGCCAGGACCGAUUUAUGACCUUAAUCAAACGGGGCAGGUGGUUGGUGGUCCUGGAGCAAAAUAUCUUUCUCUUCCGGGAAUUCUUGGUGCUGGUUUACCAAAAAUAUCUUCGGAACAACAGGAUGCUAUCAAUAGAGCCAAAAAAUAUGCUAUGGAACAAAGCAUUAAGAUGGUCUUAAUGAAACAGACUUUAGCACAUCAACAACAGCAAAUGGCUAGUCAACGGAAUCAAGUGCAGAGACAGCAGGCUCUCGCCCUCAUGUGCAGGGUUUACGUGGGGAGUAUAAGCUUUGAGCUGAAAGAAGACACAAUUCGUCAAGCGUUCUUGCCAUUUGGACCAAUAAAGUCAAUCAACAUGUCAUGGGACCCAGUUACUCAGAAGCACAAAGGUUUUGCAUUUGUGGAGUACGAGAUACCAGAAGCCGCCCAAUUGGCGCUUGAACAAAUGAAUGGUGUAAUGAUCGGUGGUCGCAACAUCAAGGUUGUGGGAAGACCGUCAAAUAUGCCUCAAGCUCAGUCAGUUAUCGAUGAAAUCACGGAAGAAAGCAAACAUUACAAUCGCAUUUAUAUUGCAUCAAUUCAUCAGGACUUAACAGAAGAUGACAUUAAAUCUGUAUUUGAAGCUUUUGGCCCGAUAACUUACUGCAAAUUAGCUCAAGGAAGUUCACCGCACCGUCACAAGGGCUACGGUUUUAUUGAGUAUGAAACAAUGCAGUCUGCGCUUGAAGCUAUUGCUUCAAUGAAUUUAUUUGAUCUUGGAGGACAAUAUUUAAGAGUAGGAAGAGCUAUUACACCUCCCAAUGCUCUGAUGGGACCUCCAAGUGGUACAAGUAUGAUGCCUACUGCUGCAGCUGUUGCUGCCGCUGCUGCUACUGCUAAAAUUCAAGCCAUGGAUGCGGUUGCUAGCAAUGCUGUCGCUCUUGGACUCACUAAAUUAGGAGCUUCUGGAUCACCUAUUUUGAAUUCUGGUAAAGCAUUGAUUUUUCCUCUUCCUGGCCUGGUUCGACCAACUUUAUCUCCAACAGCAAUCAUAACACCUCCAACAAUAGCAACAGUAGCUCCAGUGAUUCCUCCACCUGGAAUAGCCAUUCCACAAACUCUAACUCGACCUCCAGCAAUUAUUCAACCGAUUCUUGGACAACCUGUCAUAAUACCUCCACCAGCAAUAGUGACUCCUACAGUUGUCGGCGCACCAGUGAUACCAAUAACAACUGCGCCAAUCGUUGAUGUUACUAGACGAGCACAAGAACAGGCUCAUCUUAAGCAACAAGAAGAAUUGCAAAAGAAAUUGCUUGAAGAAACUGAACCACAGACUCUGCAACAGCAAGAAAAUAUGUCAAUUAAAGGUCAAAGUGCUCGGCAUUUAGUUAUGCAGAAACUAAUGCGUAAAAUUGAAUCGCGUGUUGUAAUACUCAGAAAUAUGGUUGCACCUGAAGAUGUUGAUGAAACUCUUCAAGAAGAAAUCCAAGACGAGUGUUCGAAAUUUGGAGUUGUCGAACGAGUUAUUAUUUAUAAUGAACGCCAGUCUGAGGAUGAAGAAGAUGCUGAAGUUAUUGUUAAGAUUUUUGUUGAAUUUUCACAGAUGAGCGAGGCGGAACGUGCAAGAGAUUCAUUAAACGGUCGUUACUUUGGUGGUCGACUUGUAAAAGGUGAACUGUAUGAUCAAGCGUUAUUUGAUCAUAGUGAUUAUUCUGGUUAG